GUCAAAAAAAAAAACGUUUUACUGACGUCAUUAAAGAAGGAAGUAGAGGGCUGUAGUCCAAACCGGCCGUUCGCUGUAGGCUUUGAAAAAGGAAUUCUAUUGAAGAAAAUGUAUAACCUGGCAUUGAACUUUGAGCUUUAUCAUUUUACAGGUAUUAUUUAUGCUAUUAUAGCAACAUUACACACUAACUAGGGUUUAAAAUAUGGGAUCAGGAAGAACAUGACCUUUUAAGGAUAUUUUUAAACUGUAUUAAUACUUUUAAGUUAGCAAAAAUGCCACAUUUGUGUUCAUAAAUGUAUAGGAUUGUUACAAAGUUCUCUUCUAGUGUGUGAUGGUUUCAAAUUGUUAUUCUGUGCAUGUGUAUGAGAGCAAGAAAGAGAGACUGAGCAGUCAUGCUAAAAACUCAUUUGAAUUUGAGAAAGAGAGAGCGAGUGAUUCAGUUCUCUUACACCCUUUAUGAAUUUAAGAAAGAAAGAAAGAAAGAGAGAGAGUGAUUCAGUUGUUUCACACCCUUUAUUCAUUACACAAUUUCACCUCUAAUGGCUGAAACUGGCUAAAGCACUCCACCCUGACCUGUGUGUCUAUGGAGAGCACAAGAAGCUUCGAUCCCAAAUCCUUAGUUACAUUUCCUAAAUAUAUAAUGACACAAACAUUAAUCUUUUUGUGUAGGAAUGUGUGACUUAGCUACCUUGAGUUCAAGAUUAACAGAAAAACUUGUUUAACUUGUUGAGCGCCUCAAGUGCACAAGGUAUGAGGAAAUAAGACCACUUCACCUUUCCAAAGGAGGCAGAUAAAUAUAAGAAUAUUAUUCUUCCAUCAUCUCUGAUCAUGGAAAUGUAAAGGAAAAUUCAAAUGAAUUAUAUGUGCCUAGUACAAAUAAUGCAAUUUCAUUAAAAGAAUAAAAGAGAAAUUAAAUGAAUGAAAAUGAAAAUCUGUCUAGUUUUUAAUAUCGCAUUUUUUAUUCAGUCUGUGUUUGUCCUCAUCUCCUGUAUAUUGUAUACAAAAACAUGCUUUAGGUGUGUGCGUGUUGAUGUUUCCUGUCUAAAACAAUGUACUGCUAGACAAGUAUUUGUGAUUCCUAAACUAACUGGUGUGUCAAGUGUGUGUUGUGUCACGUGUGUGGGUGUGUUUAUAGUAGAGAUUGAUUUCUGUAGGUGUAAAGAUAUGGGCGGGGUUGACCAUACCGGUCACUGAAUCAGGUGGAGUGGAAGAGUCUUUAUAUUUUGUAUUUAUUAUCCUCUACCUUCUGAGACGGGCAGUCAGGGCUGUUAUUCUGGGAAAUAUGUUCAGCCUUUUUAAACUACCCCGUGUCUUCAACGUCCACCAGGUUCCCAAAGCAUUCCACGAGGACAGUAUUAUAUCUGGUUAUCGGCACCCUCGCAGUUCGGCCACAGACUGUGUGCUCAGUCUCUUUCAGCUCACCAAUGAAACCCUCAAUGUCUGGACACAUUUUCUACCAACAUGGUAUUUUCUAUGGAAGCUGAUGUCUGUGUUGUUGAUGGAGAAUGUGUGGCAUGAUGAAUAUACCUGGCCUCUGCUGGUCUAUCUAUUUUCCUGUUGUGUGUUCCCACUGGCCUCCAGCUGUGCCCAUACCUUCAGCAGCAUGUCUACUCGCGCCCGACAUAUCUGCUACUUCUUUGACUAUGGGGCUCUAAGUCUCUACAGCCUUGGUUCAGCAAUCAGCUACUCUGCAUAUGUUAUGCCUGAUGCAUGGGUCAAUAGCACCUUUCACAAAUUCUACAUCCCUAUCGCUGUAUUUAACACCAUCCUUUCUACCAGCACGGCUUGCUACUCAAGGCUUGGCUUACCAUUUCUUCACUAUAUCCAUGACAUCGAUGCAAGAUUCUCCGAGAGACAGAGCUUGAAGUUGAGUAAGGUGCUGCGAAUUCUAGCUUUCGCCUACCCAUACCUGUUUGACAACAUUCCUCUCUUUUACAGGUUAUUUCUGUGUGUUGGUGAGGGGUGCACUGAUAAUGAGGCAAACUCCCUUCAUGUUCAACAUACACUGUUUGCAUUCCUUACUGGAUUUCUGUUUGCAACACAUCUACCCGAGAGACUGGCACCUGGAUGCUUUGACUACAUAGGCCACAGUCAUCAGCUGUUCCAUGUGUGUGGAAUUAUUGGGACACACUUUCAGAUGAAGGCAAUUGAAACUGACAUGGUGUUGAGACGGUCAAUGCUGCUGGUCAAUGCUCCAGACAUCACUUUAAGCAACACAUUUGGAGCUGCUAUGGCUUGUGUCUGCGUCAGUCUUGUGAUCAUAUACUUUUAUAGUCUACCUCUGCUUUCCAGAUCCUCAACCAACAAAGACAGAAGCACUAAUAGAAGGAAAUGUACUUCAUGAAAGCAAGAAACAAAACCUUCUCAACACACAGGGUGUGUUAGAAAAAUCGAUUGCUGUCUUGCACAAGUAUUUAAAUGACCAAAUCAAAUGUAUUUAGGACAUUUUUACUAGAUAAUGUGUUACAUAAGGACAUUAUUUAUUUACCCCGAGGUGGUUUGCAAGGUUACUGAAGCUAUGCAACCUGAGAUAAUAAGUAAUGACUGGGUAAAUGCAUUACUACAGGGGAGAGUACUUUAGUACUGUAAAGGCACUGACUGUUAAUCUCGGAUCAUUAUAAGUUGUUGAAAGGGUGUGUUCAACAGGCUAUAUUUUAAGAUGUAUAGAUAAACACACUUAAAUGCUCACCUACGUAGUGUACUUCAACCAAUCAGCUAACAGCAUUAAACCACUGAGUAAAUAUCUGUGCACAUCUGUCAGCUAAUGUCUGCAGUGACCAACCAUGAUUUAUGCUACACAUUUCCUCCCUAUGAAAACUGCACAAUAUUUCAUACAAUAACAUAGAGGUGUGUGGGAGGUAUUAUUUUUUCCAUACCAUCUGUUCACAUGUAUUGGUUCUGCAACAGACAAAAACUAUUUAUUGUGUCCCAGAUUCUUUAUAAUAAAUAUUUAUUUCUACACA